CCACAGUCCCUGACAGCGGCAAAACCCACAUGGCCAAAACGGCGACUUCUGUGCCAACCACAGCAGCUUCUACUGUCAGUCAAGACGACACAGCCGAAAUGGACGCACAUUCAAAGUCAGGGGAUAUUCCUCCGAACAAACUACCCGAUGCCUUUUGCCUUCAAUCGCCUCAGAAAUGCAAUAUCUCGAACGAUACGACCGUGGAAUCGGUAGAUUUUGUAAAAGUUGACAAAUGCCCAGACUUUGGUGCACGCUAUCCAGAUGUAGAGUUUUCUUGUUCAGACCAUAUCGAUCUUGAAAGCAGGUCUGAAAAAGCAUGUUCGCUGACGGAAGGGCAUGACACCAUAUCUCAAAUAGCCAACAAUACAGCUGUAACUGUCGUGCCCCCACCACCGGCCCCUCCCCCUCCGCCGAAUGGGUAUUCUAGCUUCAGUAACGUAUUCUCGCCGUCAAAACCACUGAUUCGCCCAACGUUAAAGAUGAGACCGCUCUUUUGGAAGAAGAUUGUCUUGGAAGGAACAUGUGAAGAUACGAAACCUGAAAACUUCUGGUCCACAUCCAAGGAACCUUCCAUCGAUGCAGAUGAGCUGGAGAGGUUAUUCGGAGUGAGUGCGUCCCUUGACUCUGAAGCGGUGCAGUUCUCAAAAGCACCAAAGCACGGCAAGGGGAAACAGGUGGGAAAGGUGUUAGACGACAAGCGAUCACGUGAUGUAGCGAUCAAGAUCAGCCGUCUGCAGAUGUCCAUGGAGGAAGUACAAGAAGCUAUUUACAAAAUGGACGCCAAGAAACUGGGGCUAGACAGGCUGCAGGGACUGUAUGACAUGCGGGCCACGGAGAAAGAACUGUCAGAGAUCAAACGGUUCAAGCAAGAGAACAAACAUGUUGUCCUGGACAAACCGGAGGAGUUUCUGCUCCAGCUUGCCGAGGUUCACAGUCUUCAGGACAGACUGGAGUGUUGGAUAUUUACCGAACGCUUCACGGAGACAAUGUUCAACCUGCACCAACAGAUGAACUCUCUCAUGUCGGCGUGCUCGGAGCUAAGGCAUAGCGAGCAUCUGCAUGCCGUCCUGCGGCUGGUGCUGGCUGCAGGGAACUACAUGAAUGGCUGCACACCGCGAGGCCAGGCGGACGGAUACAAGCUGGAUAUCCUCACCAAGCUGAGGGACGUCAGGACAAAGCGGAAAUUAAAUACUCGCAUGAUAAUUAUUAUUGUGCCUCUUCCUUCUACCCAGGAUAAGAGUGGUAACCUGCUACAGUACAUAGUGCGGCAGUACUGCCGGCGGAGUGAGGACUGCUGUGAUCCGGACGGACACCAGUUCAGGUUGCCGGCAUCAGAACUGAUGAAGACAGCCCGACAGGCAUGUCUAAAAGACAGCAGGAAAUCAGUACAUAGUAUGGGCGAGGGUCUGAAAAGAGUGAAGGGACUGGUUCAAACGGUACUGGAGGGAAGUGAAGCCGCCAUGGUGACGUCGUUUCGCUGCAAGAUGAAGCCGUUCUUAUUUCACGGUAAACAACACUUAUCAAAUCUUACCAAGAAUGCAGUGACAGCCAUCUUUCGUCGUAGACAUAUGUGA